CGUGUAAAAGUAAGAAGUACAGAGCCUGGACAUAGAAUCGCAGACUGCAACAGGCCAUUCGCCAUGGGUGCAAUCCACCAUUAUGAUUUCUGAAAUCUCAGCCUCCGUCUACCAGCGUCGCCGGCCGCCGACAGCCUCUCCUAGCGCUGCCUCACCUCCCCGUCCGCCGCCAACGACCAGCCUAGCCACGCCUGUCGCUGCCAGCCCUGCCGUCCUUCCGACACUCCGGCAAGAAGCCAUGAAGCUUCUUGCAACUUUUCGAUCCUCCAUGGCUCUUCGUGGAAUAACAGGACCUUUGCAAUCUCGCUCUUUCCAACCUGAUUUUGUUCCGAGAGAUCCAAAUGCGGUGCCUAGAAGAUACAAAUACCCUGCUGUGUAUGAUCCAUAUGGCCCUAGACCCCCGCCUUCCGAUAAGAUCAUUCAGCUUGUGGAACGGAUUGCUGGCCUCGCACCUGAGGAGCGCAAACAAAUUGGCCCUGUACUUAGAGAGAGAUUGAAGCAUCCCAUGAUGAAACCUAUUUCGGUAGAAGGCAUGGAUUUUGGUGCUGCUGGAGCUGGAGCUGGAGCAUCAAAGACCGAGGAGAAGAAGGCUGAAAAAACAGUGUUUGAUGUUAAGCUAGAGAAAUUCGAUGCAGCUGCAAAAAUCAAGGUGAUCAAGGAGGUACGUGGCUUUACAAAUUUGGGAUUGAAGGAAGCCAAGGAUCUAGUAGAAAAGGUACCCGCAACUCUUAAGCAAGGGGUCACCAAAGAGGAGGCAAAUGACAUAAUAGAAAAGAUCAAAGCUGCUGGAGGAGUUGCAGUGAUGGAGUGAUGGGCGGGGAUUAUGUUCUUCCUAAGGACGACGAAAAUGAAAUGAACCUUCCUUUCUUGGAUGAUUGUUUUGCCAGAGGCAUGAAGAAGAGCAUUUAAAUUCAGCCAUUGGAAUUGUUAUGCUUUUGGAGAUAACUUUUUUCUCUUCCAAAUAAACAUGGUUUCUAGAUAUUGGCUGGUCUGGCAAAGCCGAUAGUCAUGAAUAGUGGAUAAUUUUAUUAUCUACUCCAAUUUAUCCAUUAUCAGUUUGAAAAAACUAAAUGCAUUGUGCAAUCUGUUAUGUUGAAUAAUUACAUAAAUUUCACUGAUAGGAUUUUUGUAAAAUUGUAGGCAGUGUGUAUUUGAUGGGGGAUGCAGUUGAUGAACUGAGAAUGAAGUAUCCCUCAAAAAAAAAAA